AGGAAUCUGGGAGGAUGGCACUGUAGACUCUUGAAGAUCUGGGGUCUCUUAAGUAAUUCCCAGCACUGCUGACCUAGCCGAUCUGUUCUUAAUCCAGCAGGCUAGUGAGUCACUCCCACAGACAGGGGAAGAUCUGCAGGACCUGUCUGCCUGGAAAAUUCACCUUUGUUCAGUGGUUUAGGAGAAGUUCUCAUCUUAUUGCUCAGGGCACUUUCUCCUCUGGUGGCUGCUGUGGAAUUUGAAGCACUGCAAGGAUCUCUUGCUGCAGGAAGGCUUUCUUCUUUCCCGGUCUCUCACCCAUCUGUGGAAAUGAGUUGUGCUGAGUCUCAUAAGGUGGCUACUCCUUCCUCAAUUUCUCUGAAGAACACAAGUCCCCCUCAAUCACAUGUUGUCUACAAGAAGAUGUCCCGUGAUAAGGCUGUGACUAUCUAUCUGGGAAAACGAGACUUCAUUGACCACAUAGAUGGUGUGGAACCUGUAGAUGGUGUCUUGUUAGUGGAUCCCGAGAUCGUCAAGGGGAAGAAGGUGUAUGUGACUCUGACCUGUGCUUUCCGGUAUGGCCAAGAAGACAUUGAUGUGAUGGGUCUGACCUUCCGAAAGGAUCUUUUUUUCUCUAGGUUACAGUUGUACCCACCAGUGGAAAAAUGGGAAUCUCUCUCCCAAUUGCAGGAAUGUCUGAUGAAGAAGCUGGGGAACAAUGCUUACCCCUUUGUUUUAACAUUUCCAGACUAUCUGCCCUGUUCAGUCUCCCUGCAACCAGCCCCUCAUGAUGUUGGGAAGUGCUGUGGGGUGGACUUUGAGGUGAAAGCUUUCUGUACAGAGAACGUGGAAGAGCGAAUUCCCAAAAGGAACUUUGUGCGCCUGUUGAUCCGUAAAGUACAGUAUGCCCCAGAAGAACCAGGACCCCAACCUCAAGCUGAGACCACCUGGCAGUUUUUCAUGUCCAGCAAGCCACUGCACCUGAGAGCACGUCUGAGUAAAGAGGUGUUUUACCAUGGUGAGCCCAUUCCUGUCACUGUCACUGUGACCAACAAUACAGAGAAAACAGUGAAGAAGAUCAGAGUGCUGGUGGAGCAAGUUGCCAAUGUGGUUUUGUACUCGAGUGACUAUUACACGAAGGUGGUAGCAAUGGAGGAGGUGCAGGAGAAAGUGCAGCCAAAUAGUAUCAUCACCAAGACAUUGAUACUUCUGCCCUUGCUGGCAAAUAACCGUGAGAAACGGGGCAUAGCACUCGAUGGAAAGUUAAAGGAUGAAGACACCAACUUGGCUUCCAGUACCAUUAUUAAGGAUGGGAUAGACAAGACAGUGCUGGGGAUUCUGGUUGCCUACAAGGUGAAGGUGAAGCUCAUUGUCUCAGGCAUGCUGGGAGAUCUCACCUCCAGUGAAGUCAGCACAGAGCUGCCAUUCCGUCUCAUGCACCCCAAGCCUGAGGAACCGAACAUAAGAGUGAUGGAGAGUGCCCAGGAUGAAGACCUGGUAUUUGAAGAGUUUUCUCGUCAACAGCUGCAAGAUUUGGAUGAAGAUGAGAAUAAGGCUGUUUCUCCAAAUGAUGAGUGACUUGGAGAACAGGCUUCUGGAGGACCUAUGGGGUCUGAUGGUAGUUACAAACACGUUAGGAUGUAGUUUUUUGUUUGUAUUAAACUGCCAGGUCUUGCUGUUGUAAUGUGAUAUCUCUAGGUGCGCUGUCAGCAGCAGGGAUCAAACUCUGGAGCAGUGGAUAUAAAAGCAUGAUCCUCUCCUGCCUGGACUAAAAGACCUGGCUUUGUUAGCCAAAGGAUGCAACAGACUCAAACAUCUGUGGUUCAGCCAGUAGAGAUGAACAGAGAGGAUAAUGAGUCAAUGUUUAUUUACGAUGCUACCAAAUAAAAAGGUUAUUAAAGCCAAACUGAUUAUGUAUCUGUAGCAUCUGAAUUUUCUCGUAGUUUGCUUAGCCUAAUGUUAGAUCAAAGAGCCAGUGACUCAAAAGUUCUAGUUAAUUAAGUUCUGGUUAUCUUGACCAACAAACUGCUUGUGUAAUCUGAGCAAGGGGAGGAAUGGUUUGAAGGGUUACCUAGCCAGCCCUUGGUGAUGUGCUAGAGCCCCUCAAUGGCUUACAAGGAGCUGCUGUUUGUUUCUCUUUUGAUCACUUUUGGAUCUAAAUUCUGUCAAGGUUAUUGAAUAAGAUUUGCACUGUGAGUCCAGCCCCUGCCAUAAAGCAUGCAGUUUACUUCCCUUUCUGAAGGACUGCGAUCUAGCACUAGCAAAAUCUGAUAAUGUUUUGUGAUCUCAUGAUCGUUGCUUCAAUCUUGUUUUUUUUCCCCCAGUGGUUCUCAAUCAGAGCUUUGUCUCUAGUCAGCAGUAUAUUUUGCAAAACUUAUUCCGCACUGCUUGUAAUGCUGUGCUACACUGCUCAUUUAACAAGGUGGAAAACAGCCACCUUAGUAAAGAUGGAUGAGCAAUCUGCAUUGUACAUUAAACCGAAGGUUUUACCCCAUUAACCAAAACUCCUGCACACAAACAGGAAUUGCCGUAACAGAUCAGACCAGGGUUUCAUGUAGUCCAGUACCCUGCCUGACAGUGGCUAAUAUUGGAUGCUUCCGAGGUAGGUGCAAUAAAACCCCAAAGCUGGACAAUUAUGUAAUAAUUUUUCCCAUAGGCAGGUUUCUUCCUAACAUCCAUCUGUUAGAGACUGGCUUGUGUGCCCUAAAGCGUGAGUGUUUAUAUUCUUCCAAACUUUGGAUUUUUUUUAAAGAUACUAUUGUUUCUCUGCAUGUUCUCAUUAUCCAUAUAA